AUGAGUAAAACAAUUGAGAAAUCUACUGAUUUUACAGGAUUGCAUGCAGCAUUUUCUAAAUCUUUGACGGAAGCAUUUGAGAAAAACGAUGUCCAGAUAUUGAGAAAAGUCUACGACAGUUAUGCCAACAACUCGGAUCAUGAUAAAAAGGCGCCAAUGGAUCAGGCAUUCCGCGAGAUACUCAUGUUCCAGCUCAGCGACAAUGUGGACUCGAUAGGCAAGUUGGUGAAGUUGUCUGUGCAGGCGGUUCGAUCGGAAAUAGUGUCGGUCACCAUACCUGUAGUACUGUUGGGCGAUAUUUUUGAGACCGUGACUCUGGAUAAAUGUGAGAAGAUCUUCAAUUAUGUCGAAGAAAUGGUUGAGGUGUGGAAGGAAGAGAUUUUCUUCUCUUCCUGCAAAAAUAACAUAUUACGGAUGUGUAAUGACUUGUUACGGAGGCUAAGUCGGGCCCAGAACACUGUAUUCUGUGGUCGCAUACUUUUGUUCCUUUCCAAAUUCUUCCCAUUUUCGGAAAGGUCUGGCUUAAAUAUUGUUUCGGAAUUUAAUUUGGAGAAUGUCACCGAUUAUGGUGUUGAUGGCAAGGAUCUAGAUGAUACUCUGGAAGACAUUGAGGAUAUACCCAUCAAAAUAGAUUACAAUUUAUAUUGUAAGUUUUGGUCACUGCAAGACUUCUUCCGAAAUCCAAAUCAAUGUUACAGUAAGGCAUCGUGGAAAAUGUUCCAGACUCACGCCACAACAGUGCUGGAGUCAUUUUCGAGCUUUAAAUUGGAGGAUUUACGAUCAGCAUCGGCACAAUUGGAGGAUAAUAACGAUGAUCUAAACGAUAAAAUGGAUUUGGAUAUAAGUUUUACCAUGGAUUUCAAAAAUGAAAUUGAUCAGUCAGUUCAGAAGGUGGACCAUUUCUUUGCAAAAUUUCUAACCAAUCCAAAACUCUUGGCUUUACAACUGUCCGAUGCUAAUUUUCGAAGAGCAGUUUUGGUGCAGUUCCUGAUACUGUUUCAGUAUUUGCAACUAACUGUAAAAUUUAAAGCGGAAUCAAAUACAUUGACUCCCGCCCAGUCAGAUUUCAUUAAGGAGACCGAAGCAAAAGUAUAUCAGUUAUUGGAAGAAACUCCUCCCAAUGGCAAACGAUUCUCUCGCACUGUAAGACACAUGCUCCAACGCGAAGAAAUGUGGAAUAAUUGGAAAAAUGAUGGAUGCAAAGAAUUCAAGAAACCUGAGGAAAGCGUAUCGGAUGAUAAACCUCCUCCGGCAAAACGCGAACGAAAGACAUUAGGUGAUUGCCUAAGAGAUGCCAACAGACAAGGAAAAUUCUUUUUGGGCAACGAUGUCCUUACUCGUCUGUGGAACUAUUCGCCGGAUAAUCUGCAAGCUUGCAAAAGUGAAGAACGCAACUUCUUGCCCCAAGUCGAAACGUAUUUGGAAAGUUUUCGUGAUAAGACUGACACGUCAUUUGAGUGGCGUGCAUUGAGGUUGCUGGCACGACAAUCGCCUCAUUUCUUUACAUUUAUAAAUUCACCUUCAUAUAAAAUAUCAGACUAUUUGGAUGCUGUGCGAAAGCGUCUGGCCAAGGACCGUUUGGAUGCAGCAAAGCAAGCUGCUAUCAAUUCAAAUGGCACAAACGCAGAGAGCACUACUUCCUCCGGUGAAAUACAGGAAAAUCUACACGAACAAGAGGCCGAACAUGAAGUCAAUGACGAAGGUGUCCUAGAGGAUGAAGAGGAAACUAAUGACUUAGACAAAGGUGAAGAGGACAAUAAUGCCCACACAAAACCACUCACUGCUUCCAGAGAACAAAUUGAAGAGUUGGCACCUUUGAUUGGCGAUGACUGGAAGAAGUUAGGCAAGAAGUUGGGUUAUGCAGCCGAUGAGUUGCUGUACUUUGAGACGGAAAAUGCCGAUCGUGAUGGUGGAUGCGUUGCUAUGUUGGUUAACUGGUUCGCGGAUGAUGACGAUGCCAGUUUAGAUAAUCUGGCCUAUACAAUGGAAGGUUUAGAAAUCAAUACAGCUGCUAAAGCGGUCAAGGCUCUUAUAGAUCGUUUGGCUGCUAAAAGUGCUCAAAAGGAGGCUGAGAGUGAGGAGAAAAUGGAAACAAAUGAAUAAA